GUUAAUUGUUAUGAUCUCUCCGACCAAACCCAAGCAGCUUCUCCCUCUUAAAUACCUCUGGACCGUAGUGUAGUUUCACCCAAACCCAAAAAACAAAACCCCCUCUCUAUAAUGCGUAUGAGCUGUAACGGAUGUCGAGUUCUUCGAAAAGGCUGCAGUGAAAACUGUAGCAUAAGACCUUGUCUUCAAUGGAUCAAAUCCGCUGAAUCUCAAGCCAACGCCACCGUCUUCCUCGCCAAGUUCUAUGGCCGUGCCGGGCUCAUGAACCUCCUCAACACCGGUCCCGACCACCUCCGUCCUGGGAUAUUUAGGUCAUUGUUGUACGAAGCAUGCGGGAGGAUUGUGAAUCCAAUAUAUGGAUCAGUCGGUUUAUUGUGGUCCGGGAAUUGGCAUCUUUGUCAAGCAGCCGUUGAGGCGGUGAUGAGAGGCUCACCGGUGACUCCGAUCGCAUGCGACGCGGCAGUUACUGGUCAAGCUCCUCCUUUUAACAACAAGCUCUGUGACAUAAGACACGUGUCAAGCAAGGAAGAGAACGUGAAGAGACGGAGCCGUGGUGCAUGCAAGGAAGAGAGAAACGUCAGGUCGUUGAGUCAUGAGUCGUCACUGAGUCACGAGUCGCCAGUGUCGUCUGAGGAGACGACGACGGAGGAACCAAAGAGUUGGAUCGGGCUUGAGCUAACUUUGGGGUUGGAGCCUGUAUCACGUGGGAGUCACGUGGUUGUGCCGAUGAAGAAAAGAAAGUUGGAGAGGUGUGGAACGUCUGAAGAUGAGGACACGUGUAAGAUUGAGCUAGGACUCGUGUGCAGUGAGUGAUGGUUCUUUUUUUUGGAUGGUCUUAGUUACAAGUUUUGGUGUUGAGUUUUUAGUUUCGUUCCUACUAGCUAUAAGAGUGGGGUUGGAUGCUUCGCUUAGGCGAAUAUGUUAUAUGUUUGAAAGUUUUAACUACUGCUUGUUCUUUGCUAUUGAUGGGAUUUAUGGUGAUACAGUAUUAGCCAUCGUGACUUUAUGACAAUGAGGUGUUUACCUAAGUCCUAUCUUUGUUCAAACUUUCUAAUAAAGAUAAUAUCAUGAG